GACCAAUCCAAGCAAGUUUCAUUACUUUUGUACUGCUGGGUCACCACGCCAACAAGUUAACAAAGUCUUUCACACAUCUCACAUCGCCAUUUGGCCAUUUCCUCUCCAAUGGUCAUGGCCCCAAUACCCCAGCCAUGGCAUCAGUGGCCCUUUCUCAUCCUCUUCUUCCUUGUACUUUUCUCCUGUGAAUCUAAUCUUCCCUGCAGGAAUGGUGUAGAGGCCACACAGAGAGUCUUCCUCUAUCCACAGUCUCCAAAGGUCUCCUCUAUUGUCAGCAAGGGAUACAGAACUGGAUAUCACUUCCAGCCUCCAAAGAACUGGAUCAAUGAUCCAAACGGGCCAAUGUACUACAAUGGCAUCUACCAUGAGUUCUACCAGUAUAACCCGAACGGAUCAGUCUGGGGUAACAUAGUUUGGGGCCACUCGGUCUCGACAGAUCUCAUCAACUGGAUCCGUCUUGAACCUGCAAUAGAAGGAAAUACUCCGAGCGACAUAAACGGUUGUUGGACUGGUUCAGCAACAAUCCUCACUGGUGAUCAACCGGUUAUCAUAUAUACCGGUGCCGACACGGAGAAGCGUCAGGUUCAAAACAUUGUGCUACCAAAGAACCGGUCUGAUCCUUACCUGAGGGAAUGGACCAAGCCAAAAAACAACCCUUUGAUCGAACCGGUCGGUCCGGGUUUGAACUCAAACCAAUUCAGAGAUCCGACAACCGGUUGGAUAGGACCGGAUGGGCUAUGGAGAAUAGCAGUUGGGGCUGAGCUGAAUGGCUACAGUGCAGCACUUUUGUACAAGAGCAAAGACUUUAUGCAGUGGACUAGAGUAGAUCACCCAUUGUAUUCUUCUAAUGCAUCCAACAUGUGGGAGUGCCCGGAUUUCUUUGCAGUAUUGCCUGGCAAGAACAAUGGACUGGACCUCUCUGCAGCUAUCCCAAAUGGCGCCAAGCAUGUCCUCAAAAUGAGCUUGGAUUCCUGUGACAAGUACAUGAUUGGGGUUUAUGAUCUGAAACAUGACAUGUUUGUGCCGGAUACUGUCUUGGAUGACAGACGAUUGUGGUUGAGGAUUGAUUAUGGCAAUUACUAUGCUUCGAAGUCAUUCUUCGAUUCGAAAAAGGGAAGAAGGAUAAUAUGGGGCUGGACUAAUGAGACAGAUAGUACGUCAGAUGAUGUUGCAAAAGGUUGGGCUGGCAUCCAUGCAAUCCCCAGGACAAUUUGGUUAGAUGGUGAUGGCAAGCGAUUGCUGCAAUGGCCAAUCGAAGAGGUCGAAUCGCUUCGAAGAAACGAAGUCAGCCAUCAAGGCUUAGAACUCAAGAAGGGUGAUCUGUUUGAGAUCAAGGGAACUGAUACUUUACAGGCAGAUGUGGAGAUAGAUUUUGAGCUGACAUCCAUAGAUGCUGCUGAUCCUUUUGACCCUUCCUGGCUUUUGGACACCGAGAAGCAUUGCCGAGAAGCAGAUGCAUCAGUUCAUGGCGGCUUGGGGCCAUUUGGACUUGUUGUUCUUGCCUCUGAUAACAUGGACGAGCACACUACUGUGCACUUCAGGGUUUACAAAUCAGAGCAGAAGUACAUGGUUCUCCUGUGCUCUGAUCUGAGAAGAUCAUCGUUGAGACCAGGACUGUACACACCAGCAUAUGGAGGCUUCUUUGAAUAUGACCUUGAAAAGGAGAAGAAGAUCUCCUUGAGAACUCUGAUCGACCGGUCGGCGGUGGAGAGCUUCGGCGGCGGCGGCAGGGCGUGCAUCAUGGCCAGAGUGUACCCGGCGGCGGUCGUCGACGGCGCCACCCACAUGUACGCCUUCAACAAUGGCAGUAGCACGGUGAAGGUGUCGCAGCUCAAGGCAUGGAGCAUGACGAGAGCACAGGUCAAUGUCAGGAAGGGAUGAACUGAUUGAUUAAUCAAAAUGGAAACAAGAGAGCAACAUAUUACAUGCUAAUUGUCCAGUAAGUAGUUAAUUGACUACCCAUUCAUCAGAACUCCUUUGGUAGGAAUAAGAAGGAAAUCCAGAAUCAAAAUUUUUAGCUGCUCACAGACUUGUUGAUGACAUCUACUUGCUUUGUAGCAAUAUGUUUUUACUUGUAGAAAGGAGAUGGAAAUCAAAUCAUUGUUAAGAAA